AUGGACUCUGAAAAGUUUCCUUAUUUUUCUGAAUGUCCACUUCAAAAAGUAUUAGUAUCUUACCUGGAAAUUUUCAUAUACUUGGCUUCGAAAAAUGAAAUUUCGUUAUUUCUGGUGACCUCAACAAUUUGGAUCGAAGGCUCGGAAUCAGAAGCUUCUACAGAGGAUCUGCAGGACACUGAAGGCCAAGGAAGAACCGAUGAGACUCUGUUCAUUGAAAAGGAAAACACUACAACGAACACUGAUAAUCUGUUAGAAUCUUUCGUGGAUACAGAAGGACCAGAAAAUUCUGUAAUCAGCAAUUCGUGUGACGAUAAUAUUGAUAUUAUCACCGAUUCGAUCAUAAGAAUUAACAGUUCUAUAAGUGACAGUUCAUCUUCCGGCUCUCCUCAUUUUGUUCGCUCGCCUUCACUCAAGGAGAAGUUUUUCCAUGGAUAUAUGUACGCCGACUCGGAUGUUAGUGGCAAAGAAGACAAAAUGCACAGACUGAAUAGAACGAAUGACCGUGUAGAAAAGAAAAAUGAGUCCCUACUACGGAUUUUAGAGAUCUCAGCAUAUGAUGCCCACAACAAGGAUUUUAUUUUUUAG